CGGUGUAUGCUCAGAGUCGCUCAGAGUGUAUAAUCUCCCUCUAUGUGAAAUUCGACGCUACUGCAGUAUCAUACACAUUUCAUACACCCAGACCACGCCCAAGCGCGAUUCAUUGGUGGAACGCUGGAAUCCUCGUCAGUGAUUGGCUGCUGGAAUCCUCGUCAGUGAUUGGCUGCAUUUCACAUCCGUCAAAGUCAGCGCGCCUGCGCCUCUGAUCUUCUAUCGCAGACGUGUGGUGUGACGGUGUGAUUAAUCAGAAGUUUAAUCAUCAUCAUGAAAGAUUAAUUAGCAGAAUUCGAGCGAAGUUGACGAGCUAUAGUGGGAGAUUUUCACUUUAUCACGAGGAAGUCAACAUGUUAAGAAAGAAGAGAAUAAAACCUGAGCAGGAUGCAAAAGAACACAUAUUGUCGGGCAAAGACAAAGCCUUCAUUGAGGGACGACAAAUCAACACAUUCAAAGGGAGAGGUGUGUUUGCACUUGAGCACAUUGAACCAUCCACCUUUGUUGUUGAAUACCGUGGGAUUCUCUCUCAAAGUAAACAUGUUAAAGAUGUUCAAGGCAACUACUUGUUUGACUUCACAUGGAAUGGAACACGUUAUUGCAUAGAUGCAACGAAAGAGGACAGUGGACAUUCGCUUGGACGACUGGUGAAUGAUGAUGACAAAAAUCCAAAUUGCAAAGUCAAGACAAUCAUUGUUGACGGAAGGCCACACCUGUGUCUGUUUAGUAUAAGACAUAUCUUUCCAGAUGAGGAGGUCACAUACAACUAUGGGGAUUCCUCUUGGCCUUGGCGUUUAAGGGAAUUGUGUGACGAGACAUCAGUGGCUGUGACUGAAUGCAGUGUGAAUCCUUCCUCAUCAGUGAAACAGAAAGAAUUGUGUGACGAGACAUCAGUGGCUGUGACUGAAUGCAGUGUGAAUCCUUCCUCAUCAGUGAAACAGAAAUGCCACCAUGAAGUUCACAGUGCUGUUAUCUCCAGUUUGGAUUCUUGUGAAGAUUGCAGUGGACCUGUGUCAAGUCGAAAAUGGCUUGGCCUUACAUGCAAAUUAUGUUCAAGAUCAUGGCACAAAACCUGCUUCCUGAAUAUGACACUGCCAGAUGUUGAAUUUUCCAGCUUUGAAGAAUCUGGUUCUGAUGAAGAGUAUUCUCCUCACGCUGAUAAACACACUGAAGAAUCUUCCUCUGAUGACUUUAUCCCGGACUCUAGACAAAAUAGCGAUAGUGAUGAUAGUGUAUCUAUCAAUAUAUGCAAUCCACCAUAUUAUAAGUCCACACCAGCUUUUUCAGAGUCUUCUAUGAGAGCAAAGAGUGUGCCACCACAACCCAUUCCCUGUUCUUCCACUGAGCAAGAAAUGGUUAGAUCCAGUUAUGCUGAAGACCUCACUUGUGAUGAUCAUGAUACUACUACACACAAUACUGAGAUGCUUCAGAGUUUUAAGAAAACACCAGCAGUGUCUUCUUGUGAAAGCUCAGAGACUGACAAUGUGCCAAACCCCAAAAACACUAUUUCCACCCACAAAAACUACUGUUAUGUCUGCAAGAAACCACAGUCUAAAAUAGCCCGCCACUUUAAAAAGCAUCAAGACAGUGAGACAGAAAUUGCUGCUGCAUUCUUGCUCCCUAAACACUCCCAGGACAGAAAAAGGUUACUUCAGAAAUUACGAAACAGAGGCAACUAUGAACAUAAUCAAGAGGUUAUGGAAAGUAAAAGUGGACCACUGAAAGUUAGAAGGCGGCCAGGACGAUCAGACAUUGAACUGAGUGCCAAAACAUAUGUGCACUGUGUAUACUGUAAAGGCAUGUUUGUUCGCAAGGAGCUGUGGCGCCAUACACGGAGAUGCCCUUCAAAGAUGUUUUCAGAGUCUGAAGCAACUGGUAAGGCCAAAGUCUUAGUUUUGGCUGAUAUUGCAGAGUCAACAUUCUCCCAGGCAAUAUCUCCGGAGGUGUGGAAGAUUUUGGGAAACAUGAAGAUUGAUGACAUUUCAUCUGUGGUUCGAAAUGACUUCCUCAUACUGCAGUUGAGUCAGUGUCUUUACAACAAGCAUGGAAGUGAUCCAACAAAAUCCGAAUACAUCAGACAGAAGGUUCGGGAAAUGGGCAGACUCUUGCUAACCUUGAGAAAAAAAUACUUCAUAUUUAGUUUUGAAGAUGCUGUGAAGCCAAACAAUUUUUACAAAGUCAUUGAGGCUGUGAAAGAUGUUGCUGGCUACGAUGAAAAGAGCCACUCAUAUAAGACACCAAGCCUUGCGCUGAAGUUAGGACACUCGCUCAACAAGAUCGGUGACAUCAUUCUCUGCAGGGCCAUCGCAGCAGAGGAUGAUGGCAUGACAAAAGCAGCAGAGCGAUUUAAACGACUGUGCUCAAGUGAAUGGGCAGAACAUGUCUCCCAUGCUGCUCUUGCUACUUUGAACAAAUCAAAGUUCAACAAACCAUCAACUAUACCAUUCACACAUGAUGUGCAGCUUCUCCACCAGCACCUAGAGAAAAAAUCAGCUGAUGCUUUUGAAAGCCUAAAAAAUCAUGAGUCUUCACAAACAUAUGCAGAACUCGCCAAAGUGACACUUGCACAAGUUAUAAUCUUUAAUAGACGUCGUGCAGGAGAGGUUUCAAAAAUGACGCUUGAGUGUUUCAGGAAAAGAGACCAGACUGAGCUCCAUGAUGAUAUCGCCGUCAGUCUCUCUCCAUUUGAGCAAAAAAUGGCCAAGCAUUUCAGCAGAGUGGAAAUUAUGGGCAAGAAAGGGAGAAAAGUUGCAAUUUUGUUAAACCCUGAACUUGUCCGUGCAAUAAAACUUCUUGUGGACAAGAGAGAUGCAUGUGAAGUAGACGGGGACAACCCCUUCCUAUUUGGAAGACCGAAGUGCUCGCCCAACAGCUUCUUCAGAGGACAGGACUGCAUCAGGCUUUUUGCAAGUCAGUGUGGUGCACAGCACCCAGAAUAUCUCCGGUCUACACAGCUCCGUAAGCAGGUGGCAACAAUGUCCCAGGUUCUUAAUCUUAAGGAUAAUGAGCUUGAUCAACUAGCCAACUUUUUGGGCCACGACAUUCGGGUCCAUAGAGACUAUUAUCGGUUGCCAGAUGCAACUAUAGAAAUUGCAAAAAUUUCAAAGCUGCUCUUGGCAAUGGAGAAAGGAACUCUUGUCAAUUUCCAAGGAAAGUCUCUUGAUGAAAUUGAGAUCGAAGAUGAAAUUGAUCUGGAUUUAGAUGAGGAAGAAGUAAGCGAUGACGACAAUGAAGAGUCUGAGCCUGUCUCUGGAGUAAGCGGAAGCAAAGAAGGGAUGAAGUUGACCCAGGACAAGACAGAAAGUUCCAACGGAAAAAGCCAAAUGAAUCAGGAUGAAACUGAGAACUCCAGAGAAACCAAAUUGAGGAGAAUUGUGAAAAGGCCAUGGAGCCCAAAUGAAGUGAAUGCUGUCAUGAAACAUUUCAGAGUCCACAUUUCAAAGGGACACCUUGCAACAAAGGCAGAGUGUGAGCAGUGCAAGGCUGCAGAGGACCCUCUUCUGAGAGAAAGAACGGCCCAAAAUAUAAGGGAUUUCGUGAGGAACCGAGGUUUGAUGUUGAAAAAGAAAUCUUCUUAGAGUUCUUCGAGAGAUCAGUGUCGCCUUCCAUUAAAGGUUGUAUCAGCGAUUUCAGGCCCA